CCCUUUGAUGCUCUUUUGUCUCUAAAGCUCCAAGAUUAAUAUUUUCUGUGCUAUAGUACUUUUGUCACAUGCUUGAAUUUUGAAUUUUUUUGUCAUGAUCAAGAUGCUUUUGUUUCAAUUACUGCAUCUAAUUAAUUUGUUGGAGCAAAUUAGUUGAAGGUUUUGUGUCAAGUAGAAUGAGGUGAGGAAUUACAAGGCAGGACGAGGUUGAGUUUCAUGAAAUUCAGAAGGGUAUUUGUUUUGGUAGUUGGUGGAAUUUAAAAAAGUCACAUAUGUUGGUUUGGUUAUGUGUUUGAUAGCCAAAUGGGGAGACCUCGGCCUAAGAUAAAAGGAUGAUGAAGGAAUUAGAUUAUUGGGUUUUAAGGCUAAUAGAGUUUUUCAUCAUUUGCCUCUUCAUUCUUUCUGGACCUACUUCUGCAGAUGAAGGCAGCUUUGUGAGCAUUGCAUGCUGCGCCGAAUCAGAUUAUAAGGAUAGUAGAAACAUUAACUGGAUAUCAGACUUUAAUCAGUUCCCUAAUAACAGAGGCUGCCACACUUCAGUUAAGGCAGUGGUAAACAAUUCUGGUUACAACAGAACCAGAGUAUUUUACCAAGGCUCAGGUCAGAGAAGAUGUUAUAAGCUAUCAACAACAAAGGGUGAAGACUAUCUGAUAAGGGGCACAUUUCUAUUUGGACCUCUUUGGGGCUCACACUUUAACUUCUCAGUUUCAGUUGGAGUGACCCCAAUUGGUGUAGUAGAUUCAUCUGAGGACUCAGUGGUGGUUGAAGGAAUUUUGAGAGCCACUGAGGACUUGACCUACUUCUGCUUGGUGAAUGGGAAGGGAGGAGCUCCUUAUAUUUCAGAGCUUGAGUUGAGGCCUCUGCAUGGCUUGAAAAAAUAUCUACAAGACUUCCCUUCAAGUGUUCUGAAACUGGUUGCAAGAGUUAAAUAUGCAACUUCAAAAGAGGAGAUCAGGUACCCAAAUGACACAAGUGACAGAAUUUGGACUUCAAAUUCAAGUGACCUUGGAAGUGGAACCUCUCUUAUAACCACCAAUGUCUUCAUCUCCGGCAACGCCAGUGUGAGCGUGCGAGUCCUACAAACAGCUCUGGUGGCUUCAGACCAAUUGGUCAUUCUUCACAAUGGCCUUUCCACAACAAGCUACCAGUACCUUAUGUUCCUCUACCUUUAUGAGGUCAACCAGACAGUUCAACCUGGGCAAAGGGUGUUUGAUAUUUACCUCAACAAUGAGCUGAAACAAUCGAGAUUUGAUGUCUCCGGUAAUGGCUCCAACUACAAGGAGCUUGCUUUCACUGUCACAGCAAAUGGGUUUCUCAAUUUGACACUGGUUAAGGCUCCUGGGUCUGAAAAUGGACCCCUUUGCAAUGCUUAUGAGAUCUUGCAGGUGCUUCCAUGGGUUCAAGAGACUAACCAAAGUGAUGUGAAAGUGAUUUUGGAGGUGAAGAAUGAGUUGUUGAAGAAUAACCCACAAAAUGAAGUUUGGGAGGGUUGGUCCGGAGACCCAUGUCUUCCAGUUCCCUGGGAUGGUAUAACUUGUGCAGCCAUUGAUGGUUACCUUGUCAUUACCAAACUGGAUCUUUCUUCUGGCAUCAGUAGAGGGUCUGAUCAAAGUAGCAUUCUUAAAGGGCCAGUUCCUUCAAGUAUCACUAAGCUGACCUACCUAAUAGCCCUGAACCUCAGCCACAAUGGCUUUACUGGCGAUAUUCCAGCAUUUCUUCCUUCCUCCUUGUUGAUCUCAGUGGAUCUGAGCAGCAAUGAUCUUUCGGGGUCAAUUCCAGUAUCUCUUAUCUCACUGCCUCAUUUGGAAACACUAUAUUUGGGCUGCAACCCUCAUGUUGCAAAAAAAAUUCCCUCCGGCUUCAAUGGCUCAAAAUUUACCACAGACCAUGGAAGUUGCAGUGUUCUAGAAUCUUCUAAACGACGAAUCAUCAUUGGCGCUGCUGCAUCUGGGUCUGUACUACUAACCAUUAUAGCUGGGAUAAUUUUUUGCAUUUGGAGACAAAAAUUUCUGCCUCAAGGAAAAUUUGAUGCGAAAAUACAUCAUCCUAUGGCAAAGAAUUUAAUCUUCUCAUUACCCAGCAUGGAUGAUCUGGUUUUAAAGUCAAUAUCCAUAGAAACAUUUACUCUUGAGUACAUAGAGGCUGCGACCCAAAGGUAUAAAACAUUGAUAGGUGAAGGAGGUUUCGGGUCUGUUUACCGUGGAACUUUAAUUGAUGGUCAGGAAGUGGCAGUGAAGGUUCGAUCAGCAACAUCAACCCAAGGAACUCGGGAAUUUGAGAAUGAGCUAAAUCUUCUUUCAGCUAUUCGCCAUGAGAACCUCGUGCCUCUUCUUGGUUAUUGCUGUGAAAAUGACCAAGAAAUUCUAGUUUAUCCAUUUAUGUCCAAUGGCUCUCUACAAGAUCGCCUCUAUGGGGAAGCAGCAAAAAGAAAAAUUCUGGACUGGCCAACCAGACUGUCAAUUGCUCUUGGUGCUGCUCGAGGUUUGACGCAUCUUCACACUUUUGCUGGGCGUUGCAUUAUACAUAGGGAUGUGAAAUCAAGUAACAUUCUUCUGGAUCAUAGCAUGUCUGCCAAGGUGGCAGACUUUGGUUUUUCAAAAUAUGCUCCCCAAGAAGGUGACAGUUGUGCUUCUCUGGAAGUAAGAGGGACAGCUGGAUACUUGGAUCCAGAGUACUACAUGACCCAUCAUUUAUCAGCUAAAAGUGAUGUAUUUAGCUUUGGCGUUGUUCUGCUUGAAAUUGUAAGCGGCCGGGAACCUCUGAACAUACACAGGCCACGUCCCGAGUGGAGCUUGGUUGAAUGGGCCAAAUCCUAUGUAAGGGAAUCAAAGAUUGAUGAGAUUGUUGAUCCAAACAUAAAAGGAGCGUACCAUGCAGAGGCUAUGUGGAGAGUGGUGGAGGUGGCAGUGUCAUGCAUCGAGCCCUUCGCAGCUUCCCGACCAAACAUGGUUGAAAUUGUACGGGAGCUGGAGGAUGCUUUGAUUAUAGAGAACAACGCAUCAGAAUACAUGAGAUCUAUAGAGAGCUUUGGAUCUAAUCGCUUUUCUGUGGUCAUGGAGAGAAGGAUUCCAUCACCCUCUUCUUCAGAACCUUCACCUAUUUUGUCACAAAUGGCUCCUCCGGAGCCAAGAUAGUGAAUGGUUUUAUGAGAUUUUUCGUCACUUCAUGAAUGAUUGUUUUGUUGCUUCGCAUAAGUGAUAAAGGAGAAAAUUAGGAUAAUUUCCAAAUGCUCUUUUUGAAUUUAUGCGCCUUCUUGUGUAAUAUAUUUUUCUUA